CGCGCCGCCGCUGCAGCCGCCGCCGCCGGAGGCCGCUCGGAGCCGCGCGAACAUGGCCGAAGUCGGCGAGGACAGCGGCGCCCGCGCCCUGCUCGCGCUGCGCUCGGCGCCCUGCAGCCCCGUGCUGUGCGCCGCAGCCGCCGCCGCCGCCUUCCCCGCGGCCGCGCCCCCGCCGGCCCCAGCGCAGCCCCAGCCUCCGCCCGGGCCGCCGCUGCCGCCGCCGCCGCCGCUGCCUCCGGGCGCGAUCGCGGGCGCGGGCUCCUCCGGGGGCUCCUCCGGGGGGUCCUCCGGGGUAUCCGGAGACUCCGGGGGCGCGGGCGCGGCGCCGGCCCUGGUAGCCGCGGCGGCCGCCUCGGUGCGGCAGAGCCCGGGGCCGGCGCUGGCGCGGCUGGAGGGCCGCGAGUUCGAGUUCCUCAUGCGCCAGCCUAGCGUCACCAUCGGCCGCAACUCGUCGCAGGGCUCGGUGGACUUGAACAUGGGCCUGUCCAGCUUCAUCUCGCGGCGCCACCUGCAGCUCAGCUUCCAGGAGCCGCACUUCUACCUGCGCUGCCUCGGCAAGAACGGCGUCUUCGUGGACGGGGCCUUCCAGCGGCGCGGCGCGCCCGCCUUGCAGCUGCCCAAGCAGUGCACCUUCCGGUUUCCCAGCACGGCCAUCAAGAUCCAGUUCACGUCGCUCUACCACAAAGAAGAGGCCCCGGCCUCCCCGCUCCGGCCGCUAUACCCACAGAUCUCCCCUCUGAAGAUCCACAUCCCGGAGCCGGACCUCCGGAGCAUGGUCAGUCCCGUCCCCUCCCCGACUGGCACCAUCAGCGUCCCCAACUCCUGCCCAGCCAGUCCACGUGGUGCCGGCUCCUCCAGUUACCGCUUUGUGCAGAACGUGACCUCAGACCUGCAGCUGGCAGCAGAGUUCGCAGCAAAGGCCGCGUCGGAGCAGCAGGCAGACACGUCCGGAGGAGACAGCCCCAAGGACGAGUCAAAGCCGCCGUUCUCCUACGCGCAGCUGAUCGUGCAGGCCAUCUCCUCCGCCCAGGACCGGCAGCUGACCCUGAGCGGGAUCUACGCCCACAUCACCAAGCAUUACCCCUACUACCGGACGGCCGACAAAGGCUGGCAGAAUUCUAUCCGACACAACCUCUCUUUGAACCGUUACUUUAUUAAAGUCCCACGUUCCCAGGAGGAGCCUGGGAAGGGGUCUUUUUGGCGAAUAGACCCCGCCUCUGAAGCCAAGCUCGUGGAACAGGCAUUCCGGAAACGGAGGCAGAGGGGCGUCUCCUGCUUCCGCACCCCCUUCGGGCCUCUGUCUUCAAGGAGCGCUCCAGCUUCGCCCACACACCCCGGACUGAUGUCCCCUCGCUCCAGCGGCCUGCAGACCCCAGAGUGCCUGUCUCGGGAGGGCUCCCCCAUUCCACACGACCCUGAGUUUGGGUCCAAGUUAGCUUCUGUCCCAGAGUACCGGUAUUCCCAAAGCGCACCCGGCUCCCCCGUCAGUGCCCAGCCAGUGAUCAUGGCCGUGCCUCCCCGACCGUCCAGCCUCGUGGCCAAGCCCGUGGCCUACAUGCCUGCCUCCAUCGUAACCUCACAGCAGCCCGCGGGCCACGCCAUCCAUGUUGUGCAGCAGGCCCCCACCGUCACCAUGGUCAGGGUGGUCACCACGUCCGCCAACUCGGCCAACGGAUACAUCCUCACCAGCCAGGGCUCGGCGGGGGGCUCCCAUGAUGCGGCGGGCACAGCCGUGCUGGACCUGGGCAGCGAGGCCAGAGGCCUGGAGGAAAAACCCACCAUUGCGUUUGCCACAAUCCCUGCGGCCGGUGGAGUCAUCCAGACAGUGGCCAGCCAGAUGGCCCCCGGGGUCCCCGGACACACAGUGACCAUCCUGCAGCCCGCCACACCUGUGACCCUCGGGCAGCACCACCUUCCAGUCCGGGCCGUCACUCAGAAUGGAAAGCACGCGGUUCCCACGAACAGUUUAGCUGGCAACGCUUACGCCCUCACCAGCCCUCUGCAGCUCCUUGCGACCCAAGCGAGUUCAUCCGCGCCGGUGGUGGUCACCCGGGUGUGCGAGGUGGGGCCCAAGGAGCCAGCAGCAGCCGUCGCGGCCACGGCCACCACCCCCCCAGCCACUGCCACCACCGCCUCUGCCUCCGCCUCUUCCACUGGAGAGCCUGAGGUCAAAAGGUCCCGGGUGGAGGAGCCCAGUGGGGCUGCAACCACACCCGCCGGAGUGAUCGCCGCUGCUGGCCCCCAGGGGCCAGGCACCGGGGAGUGAGGUCACCUGCAAUGUGGGGGAGUGGGACUCACCCAGCGGCGACCCCGAAGCUGGACUCGGCAGCUCAGGCGGCCGCACCCACAGACGGAGGAGAACAGCCCAUGGCGGCCCGAGGGCAUCAGCAGCACCUGGACACACCCAGCCCUUUCCAUUUUAUCGCCUGCCCUCCCGUGGUUUAAAACAAAAACACAUAAACAAGUUCAGACAACUGAUUGUAUGAUUCUGGGAAUUCUUUGCUUUCAUUUCCUUCUCCCUGGGCACCACUUCCUCUCCCCAGGCCUCCCUGUUGGGCGUGGGGAGGAGGUUGGAGCUCAGCAUCUCGAGGAAUGUGUCAAGACAGCCCCUCUGCUCCACGCUGCACAGCCAACUGCCUUUGUCCCGGGAGGAGGGACAGAAACGCAGCAAGGCACACACCGAGGCUGCCGGGGAGGCCCAGGUACCGGACGGAUGCCUGUUGGGGAAGCCAGGAGCUGCCUAGCCACGGACUGCCUAACAGCAUCUCUGCCCGGAACGUGACAUAGAAAGUGUUGGCAUUAACUCGGGGGGUGUCCGGUUUCACUUCGGACCCCAAGUUUUUCUUUGUUUAAACUUGGAAUUCAGACUUCAUUGUACACCUGAGGCAAACACAAAAGGGAUCAUGUAUUUUUGAGGAUUUCAUCUGUUGACGGUCUGAUGACUGGCCGUAGGUCUGGGGUUCCCGCUGGGUUUAGUCCCCUCGAAGAGUAAACUGCCGCUCUGAUAACUUCAAGUAAGAGCAGCGGCUUCCUGGGUUGGCGUUCGCGGUGGAAGCUUCCUAGGAUGCAAGAUCGACCUGGAUCCGCCAGCCGCAGACAUCGCACUGCCGGGGACAGUCGGGGCCACUGCUCUGCAGACCAGACCUUCCCAGAUUCUCCCGUGGCUCUGACGUCCCGGUGCUGACGGCCACAGCAGGACCCAACGGUGCCAAAUGCCAUCUGCUCCAGCUGCUGUUUCACCCAGUUACAGCGUCCGUACCACUCCCACAUUGAUCUGCUGUUUUAAAUUGGAAGCAUUUCUCCUGCCUGAAACUCCAGGGCCCCUCCGUGAGCAGAAGGGAGACCCCACCAUGAGCAGAAGGGAGGUGGCACGUGGCCACCCUCAUGGGGGAGCUCUGUUUGCUCCUGGGCCACUGCUCAGGUCCGUCUGUGAGCAGAAGGGAGACCACACCCCAGCAGCAGCGGCAAGCAGGCCUGUGCCUCCAGGAGGACGGGAUGCUCCAGCAGUUGGGUGGCUCUGAGGUCCCUGAGGAAGCCCCUCCUGCACUUCUAUUAAGACGGCCAGUGGCGCCUGGAUCUUUUGUCAUCAAGCGGCAUUGAGCCAGAGCGGUGUAACGCCGAGCCCAGCUCUAGGAGGAAAGAGGAGUCCUUCCGUGUGUCUUGGAGAUGCGAAGUGCAUCCCUGUAAAGGUCAGCUGUCAGUUUUGCUGGCCGCUCCGGCGCUGGCUGUCCUGUUGGGGAAACAGCAACAGAUCCGACACAGAGCUCCGGAAGAGCCUAAGGAGUUGUGGGUCUUGGAAGUCGCCCAUCCUCUGUGUCACAGCGUCUCACCAGCAAAGCAGCCUCCGCCCGGGCCCUGGUGGGACAGCCACAGAGGGACCCAGGCGCCUGGAAGGCGUCUGAGGGAGGCGGCUGGGCAGAUGUCUCCCUGGAGAAGAAGGGAGAAUGCUUUUCAAAGUGAUUCCGAGGCAUGCGGGAGGACACACGUGCUGUGCGGCAGAGUGGGGUCGCCCGUGGCCCCAUCAGAGUCCCCGUCCCCCAGGACAAGUGCAGGACCUCUGUGGGCCCCCUCCUUCCACCUAGAGAAAACCCCCGUUCAGUUUCCUUCUCCCAUUCUGUUUUUCUAAGUCCCCCAAAAUGAGUCGUUUCUAUGGCACUAACCUUUCCAUGAGAAAUAAGCUCUUUGUGGAAGUCCAUACCUGUUGCCCUGGGUGAGGUUUCAGAGGAAUGGGGGCGGGAUGAACACAGCCGGCCGUCCUGGGUGCAGUUCCAUCCGUGGAGGGUGAGAGAUUGCGCCCCGUACCACACUGAAGCCUCCUGCUGUUGUCUGUGGGCCUUUUCUUUCCGUGGUGUCUGGUGUGUGCGUGCAAGGCUGAGAGAACGGGGUGUGGUGGUUGGAGAUGGCUCUCUGACACCGGUGCCUGUGUGGCCUGAGCCGGCGCCCACCCGGGAGCGCCCAUCACCGGGGGCCUCUGUGACCACCUGCUGCUACUCUCUCCUCCAUGGUGACUGUGUGCCCCCAGGGCUGCACGUGGCCACCCUCAUGGGGGAGCUCUGCUUCUGGGCCACUGCGGUUGGCCUCCUUGUGCAAGCUGAUGUCUGCAGGGAGCGCCGCGUGCCGGGAUUGCACCACGUGUUGGUCACACAGUGAAGUCGCCUCUUGGCCUGGUCCGCUCAGGCUGGCUCUGACCCACUUGCUUUCCUGGUUUUUGAGAUGGAGCACAUUCUUCCUGUUAGCGGUAGCGUUCUCUGAUUUCACUGCUUCAAUGCCAAGGGCAUGGAAAGGGAGUGGUGGAUGGAGCCGGAAGGUGGCGAGCACAGGAUCCCUGGGCUGCGUUCUGCCGCUUGGGAGUCCUCACUGUCUGGCUUCUGCGGGGACUGCAAAGAGGGAUGAAGGGACGUGGUCCUAGGGGUCGGCUCAGACUCAGAGCGGGGCAGGGAGAAGAGGCCUGGGUCCUGGAUCCACUGCUCUGGGCUCAUAACCAUGAGGUUUUGAAAGAGUUUUUGGUCAUCUGAGCAGGUACCAUGACUGGCUCACGCUGGAGCUUGUCUUGGAACCGGUAGCCAGAGGCCCAGGAAGGGACAGGGCCCAAAAGGGCUGCACAUCCCGGCCACAAAGUCCUCCCGGUGUGCCCUGAGCCAGCCCAGUGAGCGCCUCCCAGCCAGGCGCUUUUGCAGAAGCAAGAGCACAGGCCAAGGGACCGGGAGAGCCUCAGCCCCCAGCCUGGGCGGCCUGGGACCCUGAGCCGUGUCUGGUUGACCCAAGAACCUUCUCUGGGUUCUCCAGGGUGAGCUGACUCUAGCAAUGUGCAGGAAUGUGGGGAGCAAAAGUAGCUUGAUUCCAGCCCCGUUCUGGGGUCACUGCAGAGGCAGAGGCUGAGGGCCUGCUCUCUGGUCACCAGGGGCUGGGGGCACAGUCCACAGCGGAUGAAAACAGUAGGUCACAGUGGUGGCUUUGGGAAGGGCCCCUCCUGCUUUGCCCUUUCGGAAAGGGGCUCCCUUAGAGCCCCUGGGCUUGGUAACCCGCUUCUCUCUUCUGCUUCCUGCUGGAUAAUUGCCAGGUUUACCAAAUACAAGAAAACACUCACUUUGGCUAGGAGGUAAGUCCCAAAAACAACAUCUUAAGUGGUUGAGCACAGGCAUUCACCGAGGCCAUGGUGGCCCCCGGGAAGUGGGGAAGCAGGGCCUGAGCGUCCCCCGGCUGCUACAGCAGCAGCUGGUUCAGGGCACCCUCUCCCGUGCCAGCUUCUGCCACCAGCCCAGUGUCCACGGAGCUGCAGGGCCGGAGGAGGUCAGGGAGACCUGGCUGUCAAGGGCAUGGUGCCCGGUGUGUGCCCGUCCUCAGCUGCUUGUGUCUUUCUUUCCACGUGGAAGUUCUCCCAGUGACACCUGCCCUCCGUUGAGGGUGGAAUCUGUCACUCAUGCCUUUGAGGGACCCAGAUAGACUGUCCCUCUUCUGCUUUCUUUACAUUCCUAAAAACCUCAACAUUAAUCCCUCACCAGUUGGGCCGAGUACGGCCUCACGGCUCUGCAGCGCCCCAGCCUUCUCCCACUGGCUUCACGCUAGAGGGCGUCACAUGCUCUGGGUGAAAUGAGACGCUGGUGUCAGGUCCCCAUGCAGAGACCCUCAAGGCAGCCCUAGGAAGACACUGGGGGGAGGGGACCGUGACCAGGCAGGUGGAGCCAUGUGUGUCUCACACCUGCCGCCCCUCAGUUUCCUUCCCGAGGUCUGGUGUGUUCUCUUUGGGAUUUGCUGUUUAUUUGUAUUUCCUUUUUCUUUGAUUUAAGAACCAUGCCAAGUGAAAAAGGUGGGAAUGAAUUUCUGAGUUGCUGAGGGUUCCCUGAUCCUAGGUACUGCGCUCUGUGUUUCUUGAGCAGGGAGGGGAUGGAUUUGGUGGAAUUGGGCCAGGCCGGGGGCUUCACCCUGCCCCCUCCAGACUGCCGGAGCCCCAAGAAGUUUUGAGUCCAGCUGGGCCUCGCCGCCCGCCCCGCCGCCCGCUCCUGCGUCCGUUUACUGGUUUAAGAUCAGAGGCAUCAUUCAGCGAAUGCUCUUGUGUUCUCUACAUAAAGAGGGCCCUCCCUGGAACACCCCAAGGGAGCUGGGACUCUCCAGAAAGCCCCCACUAAGGGCGCCCUCUGUCUCUGGAGAGAAAUUCCUUCUUUGGGCGAAUCAGCGAGUUCAGGAGGAGGAGGCAGCUUUUCCUUGGCUUUGAAAUCAGUGUUAGAGACAAAGAACAGACCUCAGUGGAAAAAUGAAAACGUAACUGAACAUGGGGAAGCGUCGGAGAAGAAAGGAUUUUCCCCUUCGCUUUCAGAGUCGGCGGGAGUGCAGGUCUGUUUUGCUUCAGAAGCCUCACGUUCUGCUUUGCCUUUGAGUGACUUCAUGCGGGAUGAGGAACUGUAGAGCUCUCUAGAGCGGAUACCCCAAGUCCAUCCUGGGCUCCUCCUCACCCCUCUGAGAAAGCCCCCUAAAAAAGGCUUUAGAAUCACCAGCGUGCCGCCUCAUGUUUCAGGGCGGAAUGGCACGCUCCUCACGCUGGAAUAAGUUACAAAACAUGAUUGUAAGGCUGUUUGCAAAUGCAGAGCCCCAGAAUGCUGGACGGAGACCUCCUCGGCCCUGCGGGCGGCCUGGCUGCAGCAGGUCUGCUGUAAGGGGUGACCACGGGGACUGCGUCACACUCCUGAUGAAAACGUGUUUACCCACAGCCUCGCCUCGAGCCUCCUUGACAUUACCGCUGCCUUGAAGCAAUAUUAUUUAAUAAGGAUACUUUACAUUGCUCACAUGUGCUGCUAUGAAGACAGGAUUAAUCUUUAGACAGGACUCAGCUCCGGAGGUUCCCGGGUAAUGUAUUUUGGCUCUUGGAAGUGAGGGUAGAAUUGAGAAUAUAACAAAUGGUCUCUUGGCCGGUUCUGUCCCUUAUUUUUAGAUUGUUUUCCUGCAUCUUACAAUUUUCUUUUCCUUUUCUCCAGGCCUGUUUUUCAGUGCUCAGGACACAGUUUUCAUCACAUACUUACUGUUUUGUUGCUGGGUUUGGUGCAAGCCCUUUGCAAUUCACAUUGUCUUUUAAUACAAAAAGCUGCUACAUUUGGUGACCAGAGGGAGGGUUUGGAAUCUGUGCUUUGCAGGGGAUCUCGGUGGGUACCGCGGCCCCUCGCAGGGUGGGGAGCUGGGUCCGUGCCUCGAGAGGGGGGCCCUUUCCCACGCCACGCGGCUUGAAUUCUGUCGGAGUUGAAUGUGUGGAAAGGAUUGUCCCGUUGGAGCUGCUGCAUCCUUUCCUCUGUCCUCCCUGUCUCCCAAACCCCGAAGUCACA